AUGAGCUCCAACUGCGAUUCCGAUGGCUGUCCCGUUGACCAUGAUGGCAACAAAUUAGAGGAUGGUGUGUUUUAUUCGAGUGCUCGUAUAGCUGUUCGUAGUGACAUCUUUCAAGAAAUCUUCUCUGGCUCUGGUAAAGAUGUUCACGAGACUCACCUAGAUGCAAGCCCUCUUGGGGACUCCAUGGCUGAGGAGAGAGUCACCCCUAGUAGCUAUGGUGGUCUGCCUAUCGCUAAUGAUGUUACGGUUGAAGAUUAUUAUUCUAGUGAUGAGCCUCUGUCACCUCAUUCAGCUGCAGAGCUCUGCAAGAACGAAACAAGCGCUACAAUUCAUGCUAUGAUGCGUGUCUCUAAACAGGAGCGUGAGGAGCUCUUCUCUGCUAGAAGGCGGUUGGCUGAUGCUUUGAGGUUCCUACGAGGUCUGGGUUUUUCUGAAGAACAAAUGAUUGCUGCUAAUAAUCCUGAGGGUUCUAGAGUUGUUCAACCUCUUCGGGAUGAAUUUGGCCUUCCUAUUCCUAAGGAUUCUGGUAAGAAACCCCUUUUUAACCCUUUUGUUGACAAAAUGAAGAGUAAAGUUGGAACUGUAGAUAGCGCUUCUUUGGCGGAGAGGGCAGAGUCGAGAGUUGCAGAUGAGAUGUUUGGUGAUUUGCCCCAGAUGGGUGCUUCGAAGAAGGAUAGUGAAGUAAAGGAUAAGCCUAAAGUUUCUGAUUCAGUGCCUAAAGAAGAUUCUCCUAGUAUUAAAGCAAGCCCUCCUAAAAAUUGGUCUGAAGUGCUCAAAUCAGCCCCUCCAGUGACCAACGUUACGUUCGACUACUGCCCUCCCAAAGAUAGGUCAAAGUUAGUAGAUCCUCCUGAUGAGGUUCUUCAAGAGGGUCUCGACAAGUUCAAGAUGUGUGUUGUUGGUGUGUUUACCAAGGGCACGCUGAGUUUUAGUGCUGUGAAUGAAAUAGCUCAUAAACUUUGGAGUAAGCGUGGAUUAGUCAAGGUAUUCCAGAAAAAUGAGAACACUUUUGUAUUUAAAUUUGCUGGAUUAUCUGAAAAAUCCAUGAUUUUAUCAAGGGGAACUUGGCAUUUUAACCGUAGGCCACUGGUUCUUAGUGAUUGGGGUAUUGAUAUCAAAGCACAGCCUCCUUCUAAUCUUCCUAUCUGGCUUAAGCUCAAAGAAGUUCCAGAUUGUUAUUGGACUCGUGAGGGUCUUGGGCGUAUUGCGAGUGCUGUGGGCAAGCCUAUCUGUGCUGAUAAACUCACAUCUCAACUGGAGAUUUUGCCUUUUGCUUGUAUGUGUGUGGAUUACAAAAUUGGUGAUGAUCUCCCUUCAAAAAUUCCAGUCAAAGUGCUUGAUAAUGCUGGUUUACAUUCUAUUGUUGAUAUUCAAGUCGAAUAUGUUAAUAAACCUUUGAUUUGUUCUGGUUGUAAGGCCAUUGGGCACUCUGUUGCAGCGUGCCCAGUUACCCAGCGAGUUUGGGUUCGUAAACCCCCCACGGCCAGUUGUUCCACUGUGCCUUCUGUGCCCAACUCCAAGACUGUGAACACUUCUGUCGCUGCUAGUCCAGAGAAGCAAGUUUCUGCUACUGUUACCCCUCGGCCAGUGAAGCAAGUCAAUGAUCCUGUUAAGGAAAGAGUUCCUUUUGAGCACACUACACAGGUUGAUCAACCUUGGCAAGAGGUUCCAAAAAAGCACAGUUUUGCUUGCAAAACUUCUAGUAUCCCUCCUGAGGUAAAAACAGCAGCCCCUAUGGAGGAAUCUCCUCCUGUUAGUGAUGCUUUUAAGAACCUUCGUAAAGUGGAUGAGUUGGAAAGGCCUUCGGGGUCUAAGCUUUCUAAAGCUCAAAAGAAGCGUCUCAAGAGGUCGUCUGUGAAGAAUGCUGACUCUGUAGCUCAGUUUAUUUGUCCUAAUUUCUCGUGGAUAUAUAACUAUGAAUACCAUUACAAUGGUCGAAUUUGGGUUGGAUUUGACCAUUCAAUCUGGAAGCUCGAUGUUUUUGCAAAGUCCAGUCAGCAUAUUACUUGUAAAGUCACUGAUUUGGCUAACAGUAAUUGGUACUUUGUUACUUUUGUCUAUGGGAGUAAUUGUGCUGUUGAGAGGAGACUUUUGUGGAAUGAUAUCUUAUCAGUUAGGGAUGCUAUUGGUAACUCUGCUUGGACUCUGUUGGGAGACUUUAACAUUUGUUUGGGCCCGGCUGAGAGUAGUAGAGGGGGUUCCUGGUCUUCGGCUAUGGUUGAUUUCAGAGAGUGUCUUGUUGCAGCUGAAAUUAUGGACUUGAGAGGUUCUGGCUCUAGGUUCUCUUGGUGGAAUUCAAAUAUCAAUGCCCCAGUGUUUAAAAAAUUGGACAGGUGUCUUGUCAAUGCCAACUGGUUACAAGAGUUCUCUUUAUCUUAUAGUUGUUGUAUGGCCAGGGGUCUUUCGGAUCACCAUCCUGUUGCUUUAAGUUUGGGCCUGCCUGAGGAAAGAAUUUUCAAGCCCUUCCAAUUCUUUCAGCACCUUAUCAAUGAUCCACAGUUCUCAACUGUAGUCUCUAAUGCUUGGUCCCAGCCUGUUCAUGGUGAUCCGUGGCAAAUCUUCACUUCUAAGCUGAAACUUGUCAAGGUGGGGUUAAGGAGUAUGAAUAGAAAUCAUGGUAAUGUUCAUGCCAGAGUUUUGGAAGCUAAGUCUGCUCUGCACCAAUUCCAGUUAAAUCUCCCUGAUGUUCCCUCCAGUCAACAACUUUUUUCUGAAGACUCUCUCAUUAAAGAGCUUCAGGAAGCUAUUGCAGAGGAAGAAAUCUUUUUGAAGCAAAAAUCUAGGAUCUGCUGGCUUAAAAAUGGGGAUUCUAAUAAUGGUUUCUUCUUUAGAUCUUGCAAUAAGAGGUGGAAUAGUAAUAAAAUUCUCUUCUUGGAGGAUAGUAAUGGUAAUCACUGCAACUCUCAUAGUGAAAUUGCUGCUGAGGCUGUAAAUUAUUACUCUGAUCUCUUUGGCACUUCUAAUUCUGUGGCUGAGUUCCCUGAUGAGCUGGUUCUUCCCCAGUUAUCUCCUUCUCAGCAGGAUUUUCUUAGCAGACCGUUUUCUGCUGCUGAUGUCUUCUCUACAGUUAAAAGCAUGCCUAAUAAUAAAUCCCCCGGGCCUGAUGGUUUUUCUAAGGAGUUUUUCAUUGCUGCUUGGGAAAUUGUGGGAUCUGAUUUCACGAAUGCAGUCCUGUAUUUCUUCCAAACUGGUUUUCUGCCGAGAAUUAUCAGUGCCACGGCUCUCACUCUUGUCCCAAAGCAUAGAAAUGCAAGUAGAAUUGUGGAUUUUAGGCCAAUUGCCUGUUGCAACUUUGUUUAUAAAUGUGUUAGCAAAAUGAUUGCGUAUAGAUUACGGACUCUGAUCCCUUCUCUCAUCUCUAUUAAUCAGUCAGCUUUUGUGCCUAAGAGGCUCAUUGGAGAUAAUGUUUUGCUAGCUCAAUCUUUACUUAGAGACUAUCAUUUGAACUCGGGACCUGCAAGGUGUACUAUGAAGCUUGACAUCAGAAAGGCUUUUGAUAGUGUCAAUUGGGGCUUUCUCUUUACUGUUCUUCACAGAAUGGGUUUUCCUGUGGUCUUCAUUACCUGGAUCAAAGCUUGUGUGCAGUCAUGCAUGAUCUCGGUGAAAAUAAAUGGGUCUCUUGAAGGUUUCUUCAAAGCAGCUGCUGGUCUCCGUCAAGGAGAUCCAAUUUCUCCGUAUCUUUUUGUUAUAUGCAUGGAGGUAUUCACAUCUAUUUUAAAGGGGACUGAAAGUAGUCCCUCUUUUAAAUUUCAUUGGAAAUGCAAGCCUUGUUCCAUCUCGCACCUCUUUUUUGCGGACGAUGUCUUACUUUUUUGCAAUGGUGAUCUUGGCUCCAUUAACUCCCUUCUAUCUGCUGUUUCGAAGUUUGAGGAAGUUUCUGGACUGGUUAUGAAUAAGGAUAAGAGCCUGAUGUUCUUUGCUAAUGUGCAUGAAGAUGUUAUUACAUCCUCCUCUGCUUUGUCUGGUUUCCAAAAAGGUUCCCUCCCUAUCAAGUAUCUUGGUCUUCCCUUAAUUUCUACUAAAUUAUCUGCUAGAGACUGUUCUCAAAUUAUUAUGAGAACUCGGGAUAAAAUUGACUGUUGGACGAACUCUUGCUUGAAUCAUGCUGGUAGAUUACAGCUCAUUAAGACAGUUCUCUUUGGGAUGCAAGCCUACUGGUCCAGCCAUUUGUUCAUGCCGAAGCAUAUCCUCAAAACCAUUCAAUCAUACUUUGUUAAAUUCCUGUGGAGUGGCAGUUCUACUGGUCAUAAGCAAGUUAAAGUUUCUUGGAAAGAAUGCUGUAAAUUAAUCUCUGAAGGAGGGCUCGGUAUUAAGGACCUAUAUCAGUGGAAUAAAGCUUCGUUCCUGUAUCACCUUUGGCGCAUUAUUAAUGCUCGAAGAACUUCUUCUCUCUGGAUUAACUGGGUCCUUAGCUCCUGGAUAAAAAAUAUGUCUAUUUGGACUAUUAAGGUGCCGGCUAAAGCAUCAUGGUGUUUCAAAAAAAUACUGUUACUUCGGCCCUUGGCUAUUCGGUAUGUUAAAUAUUAUGUUGGUAACCAUUCUCAGCAUCUUUUUUGGCAUGACCCUUGGUUGGAUAAUAAGCCUAUUAUUCAAAGCUUCAAUCCUCAACUUAUCUCCAUUUUGGAGUCUUCUUCAUCAGCUAUGGUCUGUGACUUCAUUGAUAACAGCUCCUGGGUUUUUCCGAUCUCUAACCAUUUUUGGGCUAUUGACCUUCGGCUUAAGGUGUUCCAAACUCCAAUUCAUGAUGCGGACGAUUUACAAUGGAAUGAUCUGAAUUUUAGAGAUGUUAAUGUGACUUCGAUUUGGCAGUCUCUUAGACCCCCUGAAACCCCUCCUCUGUGGAUUGAAGCGGUUUGGCAUCCUCUCGGCAUUCCAAAAUGUGCCUUUAUUUUCUGGCUUGCGCUUAAGGAUCGGCUGUUAACCAAGGAAAGAAUGGCCUCGUUUGAUAUGGAAACUGACCUUCGCUGUUGUCUCUGUGCUAAUGCUAUCGAGAAUGUGUCCCACCUGUUUGGGAGUUGUAUUUACUCGAGUGAAAUCAUUUCUGACCCUGCAUUUGAUUUAGCUGGAGACUGGACUUGUUAUCAAAAUGGGUUGUUUACUACAGGAGGUGGGUCCAAUAGAGUAAAGAAGCAGCUUGCAUACCUAUUUCUAGCCGUUAGUGUUUAUUAUAUUUGGAAGGAACGUAACGAUCGAAUGCAUACUCCUGGGCAUGCACUUUCUCCCUCAUCUCUCAAAUUGACUAUUAAAAGAGUUAUUCGGGAAAAGCUGUCCACAAGCAAGACUUUCCAAAAAGCUGCAGCAAAGGACUUCUCUUUAAUUAUGGCACUAUACUAG